UUCUUUUAAGAUUUCUACUAUAUCAAUUGACAUUUUUUUUUUUAUUUUUAAAAUUUUGUUCUAAAACAAAUUAUAUGUAACUUUUUUUACAUAUAUUCUAGCAAAAGAGUGGAAAGCAAUUAUUUUUUAUAAAAAUUUCAUUUUUUUAUUUACUUAAAAGCAAAGUAAUAGUCACAAUCUUUUGUUAAAUAAUAUAUGUAUGACAUUAAGCAAAUUUUUUGAAAUAGAAAUUGAAAACUAAUUAUUUUAAAAUGUUUUCAAUUAUUAAUCUUACGGUACAAAAAACCAGUUAAAUUUACAGUUAGAAAAACGUGAAUACAUAUAUUUAUAUGUGUGUAUACUGUCUAUGUGCAUAUCAUUAAGCAAUUUCAUAUAUUUCUUUUUUCAGUAUUUAGAUUAAUUCAUGUAUUUACAAUGCGCUAUAAUAAUUCUUGUAAGUACUAUUUAUUUUAUUUGUUUCCUUAUUGUUGUUAUAAAUAUUUUAAUUACUACAUUUUUGUAUAUAUAUAUAUAUGUUCUAAACAAAAAUUAAUAUUUACUACAAAUAAUAAAUAAUAAAUUUAAUGUAAAUAGUAGCUAUUCUUAGUAGCUUUCUUUUAACCUAUGCAAUCUGUUGUUUUUCAUAGUAAUUUUACUAAAUGUAAUGUUUUUUUAUGCACACAAAAAAAAAUUACAAAUUUGUUACAAGAACGUCUUAUCAUUACUGUUUUAAUUAUGCACAAUAUUGUAAAAAAUUCUCUCAUAUUAAAUUACUAUGAUUUUAAAAGCCUCUGGAGAAGAAUGUCCUUUAACAAAAGGUAGAAGUUAUAAAUAUACAUUAAGUAUGUAUUGUGGAGAUGGUCUGAAAUUUAUUAUAAGCUGUUUUACUAUUUUGACCAUUUCUAUUACAACAACGUUAAUUUUACAAAUUUUAUAUGCUGAUGGAAGUCCACAGGAUAAAACUAGCAUUCAUGGUGCAGUUGCAACAGAUUAUACAAAUUGUUCACAAAUUGGAAGUAAAAUAUUACGAAAAGGUGGUAAUGCAGUAGAUGCAUCUAUAGCAGCUACUAUUUGUAUGACAGUGGUAGCUCCACAUAAAACUGGUCUGGGUGGAUGAAAUACGCAUACCAGCAGUGUUAAAAGGAUUAGAACAUGCACAUAAAUUAAAGGGUAAACUACCAUGGAAUGAAAUUAUUAAACCUUCUGUAUCUCUAGCCAAAGAAGGAUUUGUUGUAUCAAAAGAGUUAGCAAGUGAAAUAUCAAAAAAUAUUAAUUAUGAAAUUUUAUAUGGCCAUAUUAAUGCAGGAGAUAUAUUAAAGUUAUAUAAUCUUAGUGAUUUGUUAAACGCUGUAGCACUGGAAGGCACUAAUGUGUUAUAUAACGGAAUUUUUUCACAGAAACUUCUACAUGAUAAAGUUAAACUUUUAAAGCUUCUUCCACAGUUGGUAAAUUAUAAACCUGAUGUAUAUAUAGCAAAAAAAUCAAGUUUUUAUAAACAUGUGAUAUAUUACUCUCCACAUAUGUCAUUAUUAAAAUCAAUGAUUGCAGCACUGAAAAAUCUUAAAAUAUCUACUGAUAAUACAUCUAUAGUAGAAACAGAUAUAGAAGUAGCAAAAACACUAAUAAAUUCAGUUUCAAUACCGUUACAAAUAAAACAACAUGUGGACUUAGUACACCAUUUGGUCUUGGACACAUGUCAAGUGCUGGUUUUUUACUGGAUAAAGCUGUUACUAACAAUACCUUAUCCACACUUGUUCCAAUAAUUUUUCAUAAUGAAAAAGCAUUAUGUGGAUUAAGAGGAGUGUUUGGAACUGAUGAUAUAUUAAUUAUUGGACAAUUAUUAUACAACAUUAUAAUACGCCAAUUAAACGUUUCUGAAGCUAUUGAACAUCCAAGGUAUUAUUUUUCGUCAAAUGGAUUUGUCAUAGAAAAUGAUCCAAAACAUUCUAUAGAUGCAGUAAUACGAAGUCAAUUAAACUUAAUUGUACCAACACCACAUUUGGAAACUGAUUCAAUAUUAAAAAGCGUGAAUAUCAUUAUAAAAAGAAAAGAUUUAAUGUCAAGCCAUUCAGAUAGUCGUGGAGGUGGCCUUGCAUCAAGAUUUUAAAUUAUUCAUUUUUAUUUUAUUUUUAUUAAAUAUAUCUUUAAUAUUUUUUAUAUUAAUAUAUACAAAAUUAUAUUUUAUAUUUUUUAUAUUUAUGUAUACAAAAUAUUAUAUUUAAGUAUAGUGGAAUAUCUUACAACGACUUCAUGUUAUCAAAAAAAUGUUUCUACAAAAAUUGCUUGAUGUGAAAAUAUACAUUGAUGAUAAAAUAAGAUCUUUCAUGAAUUUUUAAAAUUCUAAUUAAAAUUAGAUAUUUAUUACAAAGAACAAACAAAAUAAAAAGUAAUUUAUACUGUUUUAUAAAAAUAAUUUUAUUUUUUUAAUCAUUUUUAUAUAAAAUUUAUACAAUAAAAUUUAAUCUAUAUUAUAUACUUUAAUUUGAGUAAAUUAUUCACAUCUUUUUAUACUUGUGAUUGCUGUUUUUCUUCUUUGUAUUUCUUACUUAAAUCAAGCUGUCUUAAUCUAGCAUACAUUGCACUAGCACCAAGCACAACAAAGUUACUUAUCCACCACAAGUAUGAUUUCUUUUCAUUGAACCAAUAAGUUGCUAAAACUGUUUGUGCACAGGCUUUAGCAGUUCCACUAAUAUUGUGUGUUAAAGGAGACGUUACUUUUAUCUGAAGUGCUGUAGCAAAACCAAUAGCAAAACCGCAAAUACCACCAAGAAUCAUAGCAAACCAAAAAUAUGAAGACCCAAUUUUAUCAUAAUUGUACACUGUAACAUAUUCUCCAUUAGCUAACAUCAAUGGAAGAAAUAUAAUGACACUAUAUGCAUUGUUACAAUAAGAAAGUAACCAAAUAUCUUGGUCUAAUUUAGGAAGGACUUGUUUCAUAUGAAUGGAAUAUAGUGAGAGAGUUAAUGAUCCUAGUACACCAAAAAUUGUUCCUAGAAUAGACAAAGAACCAGCAAUAUGUUCUUGAUCUACACCAAGCCAAAAUCCAAUCACAAUAAAUGCACAACAUGCAAUACAAUUUAUAGAAGUCUUUUGACCUAGCAUGAGAUACGUGAAAAUAACAUUAAAUACAGUUGUUAAUGAACGUCCUAUGUAAUAAAAUGCAACAUCAACAUAUUUUAAACAUAAAUUGUUUGUCGCAAUUGUUCCAGUAAAUAGAAGAGACAGUGGCAAUACCUUUCUAAGUGUUUCUUUGGUAUAUGGAUUACCACAAGGGAAUUUAAUAUAUUUUGGGAACCACUUUGACAAAUUGCUAAGAAUUAUGCAUAUGAUCAAGGAUAUUACACAUUGGCACCAUGUUAUAAAAAGAGGUGCGUCCAAAUUUAUAGUAUUACUGGAUAGAAGAACUUUAUUUAUAAAUACAGUAAAUAUAGAAAUUAUCCUGUAAGUUGCAACCACAAUUGUAAUGUACAUAAAUUUUGCAAAUAUUCCAGUUUCUAGUAUCAUUUUUCUUCUAUAUAUUUAUUUAUGUUAAUAUAAAAUUACAUUAUUUUUUUAAUACAUAUAUUUCAAUGAUAGAGUAUAUGUAUAUUGAUUAUACAAAACUUCAUAUACAUAUUUACUUAAUCAAACAUUGAAUUGCAAUAGAGCUGUUAAAAUAUUGACAAUAUGAUACAAUAAGAUACUAUUGAUUCUUCACAAAUUUUUUCAUAGAUUAUUGUAACAUAAUAUUGUGAUUUAAUAGCUUUAAUAUUUUUAACGAAUACAAUUGUUCAUGACAUAAAUAAUAAAAAUAUAAUUUAAACAUUUUGAUAUGACUAAGAUAGAUUUACAAAUCUUUAUCAAAUAAUCUGUAAUUAUGGAGUAAUAUAUGUUUUAUUAUCUUUAAUUGCUUAUCAACGUGCAAGUUUUUUAGGUUAUAUUUUGCACAAUCUGCUAUCAUGCUACGAUAGUUACUCUAGUUACUCUAGAAUAAUUAUGUGUACACAUAUGUUCCAGCAUAAGCAUUAUUCAGCCAGUUUGUUUUAAUUUAGAAUAAUUAUAUUUACACAAAUUAAUAAUUGAAAUCUUACAAAAUGUCACGAUAUGAGGAUGUCAUUGUGGAAGAUAAAAGGAGUGAUGAUAAUGCGAUACCUGAAUCAGAGAUUAGGCAUAGAAUUCCAUGGAGUGAACGUGUAUUAUUAAACAGUGAAAUACCAGGAUUACAUGAAGUUAAAGAAUUAUUAGAGGAUGAUGAUGCAAGCUGUUUGGCAGAAGAAGAGGAUGGAGUUGGUUGUCCGUUACCUUCGACUCCUGAAGAUGAUCAUCUUUUGGAUUGUGAGAUGACAGAAGUAUUAAAAGCCGGUGUGUUAAGUGAUGAAAUUGAUCUUGGUGCAUUAGCACAUAAUGCUGCAGAACAAGCAGAAGAAUUUGUUCGCAAGGUUUGGGAAGCGUCGUGGAAGCAGUGUCAUUUCAGAAACCUUCCAAAGUGGUUACAAGAUAAUGAUUUCUUACAUGCUGGCCACAGACCACCUUUACCAUCUUUUUACGCCUGUUUUAAAAGUAUUUUUCGAAUUCAUACAGAAACUGGAAAUAUUUGGACUCAUUUGCUUGGAUGCGUUGCAUUUAUUGGCAUAGCUAUAUUCUUCAUAACACAACCUCCUAUAGAAAUACAAUUAGAAGAAAAAUUGGUAUUUGGUACCUUCUUUGCUGGUGCUAUUAUAUGUCUAGGAAUGUCAUUUGCCUUUCACACUGUACACUGCCACAGCGAAUGUGUCGGAAAGUUGUUUUCAAAAUUAGAUUACUGUGGAAUAGCUAUGCUAAUUAUGGGUAGUUUUGUACCAUGGCUUUAUUAUGGUUUUUACUGUGAUUAUCAACCUAGGCUUAUUUAUUUGUCAGUGGUUGUAAUACUUGGUGUAACAAGUAUUGUCGUAUCAUUAUGGGAACGAUUUGGUGAACCAAGUUACAGACCAUUAAGGGCAGGCGUUUUUAUGGGAUUUGGUCUUAGUGGGGUAAUACCAGCAGUACAUUAUGCCAUUGCAGAGGGUUGGUUUAAAGCAAUUAGUCAAGCAUCUCUUGGAUGGUUAAUAUUAAUGGGAUGUUUGUACAUCUUAGGUGCACUGUUUUAUGCAUUAAGAGUACCUGAACGAUUUUUUCCUGGCAAGUUUGAUAUUUGGUUUCAGAGUCAUCAAAUCUUCCAUGUGUUAGUGAUUGCAGCAGCUUUUGUUCAUUACCACGGAAUAACAGAGAUGGCUAUGUAUAGAAUGACAAUAGGAGAUUGUACAAAUCCGUCGCAGGUGAUGGCUUUUUAAUUAUGGCAAUGAACAUAUAAUAUCGUAUUGUUGGAUUUCACCUUACGUACCUUUAUCGAGACCUAAAAAGAUUCCUAAAUCUUUGUGUGUCGGUAGAUCUGUACUGUAAAGAACUGCUGGAAACAAUAUCAUGAAAAUAAACAGCACAAAAGUUUCCUUCUAGUUCGUCAUAAUUAGCAAAAAAUUUCAAAAGAAAUUUACAAAAAUUUGAUAAAAGUUCAUAAAGAAGUGCAAUAUAUGAUAAUGAGAAAUUAAUUAAAUAAAACUUUUUACACUUUCGUAAAUUUGAAUUUAUGAAAAAUGUCUUUAUAUUGAGCUCAACGUUUAAAACAUUUGUCAUAUUUAUCAAAAAUUUCAGUAGUACAAAGUAACAAAUAAUGUAACUAUUUACACUUGUUUCUUCCUUUAUGCGAAUAAUUUAUUUAAACAAUGCAAUUUCUUUAUAAUUUAUUUAAACAAUGUAACUUUAUUAUAUGCAAAAUGAAUGUUAUAGUUAUAAAAUAUCAUUUUACUGACUGAUAAUGACUGAUCUCUUGUUUCGUGCAGUUCUCUUACUUGUUGAAAACAAGUUGAUGAAAAGAAGUUGUAAAAUACGAAACAGAGUACAGAUAUAUGGCAACGAACAAAACUUAAUAUAAUUAAGAUUUAGGAAUUAAUUGAAAACAUGAAUGACUUUAUAGUAUAAGCACUAUAAAAGUUGUAAUAUAUUUUGAACACUGUUAAAGCAAUGAAAACUAUUUAUUGUAAUGAUUAUGUGUGAACUAUACAAAUUCAACCUUUUUUACAUCACACUUGCAUAUAGUAAGUAAAACACUAAUUUUCUUUUCAUUGUCUGUAUCUUCAAAAUUUAUCGUGUAUCGUAAUUUGUUUUUUGACUUCUUAUUUUCUAUAUUGGUUAUAAAUGGUUUGCAUUUUUUAAUACUAAUAGAACAAUUUUCGUUCUCACUUUUUCCCCUUAAAUAUUCAUAAUAUUCUUUCUUUUUUAUGUAGCCCUAUGUUUGUUGUAAAAUACACAUUUCAUUGCAGAUCUGCUGUUUUUUCAUAUAAAAAAGUGUUGAAUACUUUUGUUAUUAUCGUAGGGUCUAGUACUUAUAUGAAGAGAUAUUGUUGACAUUUUUACAUAAAUAAUUCGUACUAUUGGUAAAUUAAUAAAGAAGGAAAUUAUGAAUUUCAUAUGUAAAAACACAAUUAUCCUACUUUAUGUAAUUUCCCAAAAAUAUAUUUUUCUAAAUAAAUAUUGUAGUAUCAUUUUGCGAACUAUUAGAAUAUAUUAGAAUUAUCUUCAUCCACUGUAAUAAAUGACAAUCGAGACAUUCAAAAACAAGAAUAUAAAAUCUAUAAAAUUAAUUAAUUUACAAUUUUUUUUGUCAAUUACUUAACACAUACAUAAAUCUAAAUCUUGUCAUUAAGAAUAAUAAGCUGAAUUAAUUUUAUGUUUCAAUAGUAUUUAUCGUUUAGUUUUACUAUCAGAAUUAUGAUGUUUUUAUUGUGAAUAGAAAGAGAUUGUGAUCGUUCGUUUAUUUAUUUAUAUUCAAUAAGAAUUUUUAGAUCUGCAAUUAUUAUCUUUCGUUUCUAGAUAACGUGAAAUUCAAAAUUCUAUUAAGUUUCUAUAUUUUUGGUACAAAAUGUUUAUACAAAGUACUUAUAAACGUGUAAAAAAUUAAAAAAAAUUUUAUGAUAAAAAUAAUUGUACAUUUUAUAUGAGCAGAAUCUUGUUUAUUAAGAAUUUGUAUAUAUAUAAUUAUCAAUUUAUUUUCA